AUGAUUGAGGAUCCGAAGAGAAAGCCGCUCGUUGUUCUUGCUGUCCUCUUGCUGCUCAGUUCAGCACAAGCAGGGCAUACAGACAGACUCUCAGGUGACCACUGCACUGACUUCCAGACAGCAAAUUUCCUACAGGGCAGUAAACUUAAGGUCCAAUUUCUUCUAUUCACCUCCUCAAGCCCCAGCUGUGGGGAGCUGAUUUUAGCUGAUGAUGGCAUCAAGAGCUCCAGCUUCAACAGCAGCCUGGAAACCAAGAUCAUAAUCCAUGGCUUCAGGGCUUUGGGUACCAAACCUUCCUGGAUUGAAGGGCUUGUCCAUGCCAUACUGCACACAAGCCAAGUGAACGUGAUCGCAGUAGACUGGGUUUAUGGGUCUACAGGAGCCUAUCCCUCCGCGGUGGAAAAUGUCACACAGCUGGCCCUCUCUAUCUCACAAUUCAUCAGCAAGCUCCUGGCCCUGGGAGUCUCAGGGACAUCCAUCCACAUCAUUGGGGUAAGCCUCGGUGCGCAUGUCGGGGGCCUGGUGGGGCACUUCCAUGGCGGUCAGCUGGGACGGAUAACAGGCCUGGAUCCUGCAGGCCCUAAGUACACCAGAGCCAGCCCUGAGGAACGUCUGGAUCCUGGGGAUGCCCUCUUUGUGGAAGCUAUUCAUACGGAUACUGACAAUUUUGGGAUCCGGAUUCCUGUAGGCCACAUCGAUUAUUUUGUCAAUGGAGGCAAAGAUCAGCCAGGAUGCCCCCGAUUCAUCUCUGCAGGCUAUAAGUAUCUGAUCUGUGAUCACAUGAGGGCAGUACAUCUCUAUGUCAGUGCCUUGAAACAUUCCUGUCCGAUUGUGGCAUUCCCCUGUGCAAGUCAUCAAGAUUUUUUAACCGGCCGUUGCCUGGACUGUGUUGACCCCUUCCUGUUCUCCUGCCCCAGAAUAGGCCUGCUGGAGCAGGCAGGUGUCAACAUGAAAAAGCUGCCCAAGGAAGUGAAAGUUUAUUUAAUGACCAGUCCCUCAGCCCCAUUCUGUGUCCAUCACAGCCUGGUUGAGUUCCACUUGCAGAAGAAAAGAAACAUAGUCACCAGCGUUGAGAUCACUUUCUACAGCAACAGCACCAAGGACACAGUGAAGAUCACCAUACCUAAGCACCAGGAGAUGGGCAAACGGCUGCUGGCCCACAGAAUUCCCCUCUGCCAGAUAAACAGCGUGACCCUGAAGUAUAUUCCCAAAAAUCGGUUUUGGAGGAGGGAUGAGUCAUCCAUUGUCGGCAGGUUCUGUGCAGCCCCGCUGCCUCUUGAUAGCAACAGGACAAUGUCAUGCCUGCCCUGGAACCUCACCCUCCCCGGCAACACAGACAUCUCCUAUGAACUGCCUGCUGCUUGUGCCUAG